AAAAGCAAAGGGCUUGCUUAGAUUGUAGCCAAAAUAAACCUUACCAAGUUUUGGUAAUACCGAAAUUUUGACAGAUAGAAAUAUUUAGUGACAUUUUUUUUAACUUGGAAAAAAAAUUGGUAUGGUUGAAAAUUGCAUCGAAGUGAACAUGCCCAAAAUUGCACACUCCACACUGCCGAGCAAAAUCGCUAAACCCAGCCUCGCCGUCGCCGGCGACAUGCUCCGCCUCUCAUGCUGCCGGCCGACGGCCGGCGGCGGCCUCGCCGGCGCCAUGCUCCACCUCCUCCCGCUGCUCCGCGCCCGCGCCGCCACCCAUCUCCCCACCUCCUCUCUGGACCUCAGCCGCCGCCGCCGCCUCCUCCUCUCCACCGCCGCCAGAUCCGCCGCCGCGACCCCCUUCUCUGUCGAGGAGUACCUCGUCGACACCUGCGGCCUCACCGGCGCCCAGGCGCUCAAAGCAUCCAAGAAGCUCUCCCACCUCAGGUCGCCCGCCAAGCCCGACGCCGUGCUCGCCGUCCUCUCCGGCGUCGGCCUCUCCCGCGCCGACCUCGCCGCCGUCGUCGCCUCCGACCCGCAGCUGCUCUGCGCCAGGGCCGACAACAUCGCCCGCCGCAUCGCCUCCCUGCGCGACCGCGUGGGCUUGUCGGACCCCCAGAUCGGCAGCUUCCUCCUCGCGGGCGGCGCCAAGGGCAUCCACGCGUGUGACGUCGCCUCGAGGCUGGAGUUCUGGAUCCCCUUCUUGGGAUCCUUCGAGACGCUCCUCAGGAUCUUGAAGGGGAACAACGUGCUGGUGCUCUCUGACCUUGAGAAGGUGAUCAAGCCCAACAUCGCGCUGCUCCAGGAGUGCGGGCUAACUGUUUGUGAUAUUGCCAAGAUGGCCAGGUUUGCUCCACGGAUGUUCACGUCCAAUCCAAAGCAGGUGGAAGGGUUUGUGCGGCGUGCCGAUGAGCUUGGCGUGCCACGCACCUCAGGCCAAUUCAAGUACAUGGUGGGUAUUUUUGCUAACAUCAGCGAAGGCAGUGCCACCGCGAGGAUGGAGUACUUGAGUCGCAGUCUUGGUUGCUCCAUGGACAAGCUCCGCUCUGCGGUCCAAAAGUUACCACAAAUUCUAGGAUUAUCUGAGACAAAUCUUGGCAGCAAGAUAGAGUUCUUGGUCGGCAAGGUCAGAUUGGAGCCUGAAUACCUUUUGAAGACGCCAAAGCUGUUCACGUACAGCUUGGAGAAGCGGUUGGUGGCGAGGCAUUAUAUUGUGCAAGUCCUUGCUGCGAAGGGAUUGAAGGGAUUGAAAAAAGAUGUUCCCUUUUGCUCAUAUGUACAGCUAGGCGAAAGUUGUUUUGUAAAAAACUUCAUUGAUCAGCACGAGAACGUUGUCCCUGGUCUUUCUGAUGCCUAUGCUGCACUUCGUGCUGGGAAAGUGCCUCCAGAGGUCCAACACUGACAUCUUCGGACAGAGUUAUUGGAAUUCAUUCUGGCAGAAUGCCUUCUGGAGUCCAACUAUAACAUCUUUGGAGGUUAAUUAUCUUUCAAGCCCAUACCUCAUGUUGUGAGGAUCACUAAUUGGUGUGAUGGUUUUCAUGCAUGGUCAUGCCUUUUUCAUAUUUUGAUUUCAGUUGUAAUAUGAGUUGUUGCUAACUUGCUAUUUAUGCAGCAACUUGAUAGUUUAAAUCUUGAUGCUCUAGUGCCCUUACAGCCUUACUGCUGAUGCAAUGACUUGUUUCUUGAACCACUAUUCUCCUGUUCAGGUACUUUGAGCAAAAAGGGUUUUGGCAGUACUACCUGCAUCAUUUUUCCCUUUGGUAUUAUCUAAUUUUGAUUUUAUUUCAACCUUCAAUUGUUAUUUCAAUAGCUUGUUGGGUAUAUUAAAAAAAUAUCCCCAUGGCACCACACUGCUUAGCAUGCUAGCAGAUCAAUGUUUUCCAUGCCCAGUUCAAUCAUUCUUCUCUGGUGAAAUACGGGGCAUGGAUCUCUAGUAAUUAUAAACAAGACAUAUCAUGUAAGAGAGAUAAACUAAAUAUGAUCAGGUUGAUUUUUUCAAAUGCCAUUUGAUAGGCUCAUCGCUGAAAAUCAGUUAUGUAUGUCACAUAAUCUGUAAUUAUACUUUCACUGCGCAUUAAGAAUUCAGUUAUCUACUUGGAUGACAGUAUGUUAAUUUUGGUGUUUCUAAAGCUAAAUAAUACUAGAAUGAAGUAAAAGAACACAUUGGAUGGCUAACACAAUUACACCUAAGCAAUUGGAAGUACAAAUGAACGAAUUGAUCAGGAAGAGGUGUUGAAAUUGGAACGUGCUGGCAUUGGCUUUGUGGAGAUGCGCUAGAGAAACUAGUCGAAAUUCGAAAAGCAUGGUCUUAUCGUUGAUUUGAUACAUCAAGUUGAUUGUAUGAAGAGUGCCACUCAUAGACAGGCAUAUGGAUCAAGUGAUUGUUUGUUUGGCACCAUUAUCCAGGCACUGGAAAUGGCACUGUUCAUCAUUUAGCAAAUGUGCCUCGAUGCAACUCUUUCUCUGGUUCUGUUGUCCAGGUCAGUUUGUAUCCUUUCUGCUCUAUUUCUCAUUUAUUUCAAGACCACAUCACCAUGAUCAUGAUUGUGCUAAUGAUUUUGUAAGCACUUCUGCAAACAGCAUAAUCCUUACUUACAGAACAGCUAAAGAGUGUGCCUCAAGCUUAGCUGUCUCAUUUUGAGUUCAAAUGCAGCAUUAUUACAGUAUUCCUGCUUUAAUUGUGGAUAUUAUGAUCUUCACCCAGGGAAUUGCACAACCCAAGGUCAUAUGCAAAUGCUGCUAGGAUUGGAUCUUCACCAUGAUUUUUACUGUAAAGUUUUGGGACAAUAAACGGUACUCCCUCCGUUUCAUAUUGUAAGACUUUCUAGCAUUAUCCAUAUUCAUAUAGAUGUUAAUGAAUCUAGGCAUAUAUCUAUUUGAAUGUGGGCAAUGCUAGAAAGUCUUACAUUGUGAAACGGAGGAAGUAGGUUUUUAAUAUGAUUUGGAAAUAUUUUAUACUUUCACAUUGGUUAUAUAUUUUAUAAUAUAUGUUACGCAAAGUGCUCUGCUUGUAGUUUAGGACCUAUCAAAUGUUAGUGGUGUGCACGCGUAUGUGUCUUUAUUGCAAUCUAAAAUGUUAGACUUUUUAAAAUCAAAGGGCAAAGAUGGAGUUGUUGAGUAGCACUCUUGGUUGCUCCAUGGACGAGCUCCGCUAUGCCAUCUGCAAGUCUCCACAAGUUCUGGGAUUUUCUGAGACGAAACUCCGUGCCAAGAUAAGAGUUCUUGGUGACCAAGGUCGGAUUGGAGCCUGACUACAUUUUGCGAAGGCCUGUGCUCUGCUUGCGUUCAGCCUGGAGAAGCGGUUGGUGCCGAGGCAUUAUGUUGCAGAAGCCCUUGCUGUGAAGGGAUUGAUAAGAAAAGGUCUUGACUUCUACCAUUGUGUCUAUUAUCUCCCGGCCUAUAUAGCUAAUGCAACACUUCAUUUUCUGAGGUUAUCAGUUGAUGAGGUAACAUCUAUUUUCAAAUCUUGACAUCAACGGUAGAACUACAAACAAUCUGAUUGUUGAUAAUGCUAUGCUGGUUGAAGUCAUGGAUAUUUAUGCAGCAUCUCGAUUGUUUUAAGCUUGCUGGCCUAGUGCCCUUAAUUUAAUGCUCA